AUGAAACCCCCGAAGACGACGAUGACGACGGCGGAGGAAAAACAAACCAUGCGUAAACAGCCGCCGUCUCCGCCUCCACAACCACCGCCAGUUAACAACUCUUUGGUCCAAUGGUGGCGGAGAUGGACGGUGUUAGUGGCGGCGAUAUGGAUCCAAGCAUUCACGGGGACAAACUUCGAUUUCUCCGCUUACUCUUCCGACAUGAAAUCGUCGAUGGGGGUUUCUCAGUCCCGCCUAAAUUACAUGGCGGUUGCUUCUGAUUUGGGUAAAGCAUUGGGUUGGUCUUCUGGUUUCGCGAUUGCUUAUUUCCCUGUCUCCGCCGUGCUUUUCGCCGCCGCCGGAAUGGGACUCGUCGGUUACGGCGUUCAGUGGUUAUCCAUCGCCGAUGUUAUCGACCCUCCUUAUGCUCUGGUUUUGGUUUGCUGCUCGUUGGCCGGUUUAAGCAUUUGCUGGUUCAAUACGGUCUGUUUCAUCCUCUGUGUUCGACAUUUCGAAUCGAACCAUUCGCUUGCGUUGUCUCUUGUUGUGAGUUUUAAUGGAAUCAGUGCUGCUUUGUAUACGCUUAGUCAUGAAGCUAUUAGUGGGAAAUCAUCAGCAAGUUCUGAUAUUUACCUUCUUCCUAACUCUCUAAUCCCUUCGAUCGUCUCUGUUUUAGCACUUUGGCCGGUCCUUACUAACCCUAAUUCCUUCGAUACAUCCCGAACCCAUGACGAAACCCGUGUCUUCGUCGUCUUCAAUGUCUUAGCCUUAAUCACAUGCUUUUACCUUCCCUUGCCUUCCUCAAACACCUAUUUAGCUUCAUCGCCUCGAUGGCAUUUCCUCGGCGCCAUUUUCCUUCUCCUUUUCCCGUUGUUCGUCCCGUUUAUCGACUAUAUUCACCGCGCCAUCGAGUCCUGCUUCCACCUUCACAGAUCUGGCUAUGCAGCGGUUAACGUCGAAGAGCCCAAGAUCCUCAAAAAUCAUGAGAAGAUGAACGAAGAGGAGGAAUGUGGUACAGUGAGACUAGGAGAUGAGCAUUCUCUCGGAAUGCUGGUUCGUAGGGUUGAGUUUUGGCUAUAUUACAUAGCUUAUUUCUGCGGCGGCACGAUCGGUCUUGUUUACAGCAACAACUUAGGACAGAUCGCUCAGUCUCUAGGACAAAGCAGCUCAAAGGCUAAAUCCUUAGUGACACUCUUCUCUGCUUUCUCCUUUUUGGGAAGAUUGCUUUCCUCUGCACCUGACUUCACUCGCAAGAAACUGUACUACUUGACAAGAACAGGAUGGUUCACCAUUUCGUUACUGCCAACACCUUUGGCCUUCUUCAUCCUCGCUUAUUCAUCCGAGACCUACCACACCGCGCUAUUACGAGUCGCGACCGCACUUAUCGGGUUAAGCUCUGGGUUUGUAUUUGCAGCUGCGGUUUCUAUAACUUCCGACCUCUUUGGACGCAAUAGUGUUGGAGUCAACCAGAACAUCCUCAUCACAAACAUUCCCAUCGGUUCGCUCUUCUACGGCUACAUGGCUGGCUCGGUCUAUGACACCAACGCGAGCCUGGGGAGGGAAUCUGUGGUCUCGGACUCGGUUGUUUGCGUUGGAACUUGUUUCUGUUUAUUAGAACUAGACUGGUUUAUCACCGGUUAG